AUGGCCACGUGCGACCCCCCCCAAAAUACCACCAGGGCCUUUUCCGGCUUGGCUUUGGGCUCCUGCAAGAUCCCAACAUCCCCUGCCCCGACAAAAAAACCCUCCCGGAGAUCCCCCGAUGGAUUUGGGGCGAGCUCCCCAUCCCCGCUCACCUGCGGGUUCCGGCUGGCCAAGGACAGCAGCGGGGCUGAACGGUUCGUGUGCCACCGCCAGCCCGAGCUGUGGAGCCCUCAGGGCCCCAUGCGAGAGGCAGCCCUGGGGAAUGGCACCGGGAAUGGCACAGGGACCAAGAAUGGCACAGAGCUGAGCACAGAGACCAGGGAGGAGAAAUCCCCGUGGCAGAUCCUCGUGGAAGAGGCUGUUUUGAGCGGCUCCGCAGCGCAGGAAUCCAGCGGGGAGGAAAAGCCGCGGAGCUCCCGCAUGAGGAGGGGCUCCAAACGCAGAUCACGGGGAUCCGAGGAGGAAAGAUCCACCCUGGGCCAGGGAGGCGGCCGCAGAUCGGAGCUGGGGGUUCCUGAGCAGCUUUGCGAUGGGGAGGAGCCCCACAAGUGCUUGAAAUGUGAGAAGAGCUUCAGGUGGAGAUACCUGCUUCUCCAGCACUGGAGAAUCCACACAGGGGAACGGCCCUAUGAGUGUGGGGAAUGUGGCAAUAGCUUCAGGUCAAAGUCUGUACUGAUCAAACACCAGAGGAUCCACACGGGGAUACGGCCCUACAAGUGUGGGCUGUGUGGUAAGAGCUUCAUUUCGAGCUCUGAACUCAUGAAACACCACAGGAUCCACACGGGGGAACGGCCCUAUGAGUGUGGGGAGUGUGGGAAGAGCUUCAGGUCAAAUCCUAAUCUGAUCAAACACCGGAGGAUCCACACAGGAGAACGACCCUGCAAGUGUGGGGAGUGUGGGAAGAGCUUCAGGUUAAAGUCUGAGCUGAUCAGACACCAGAGGAUCCACACGGGGGAACGGCCCUAUGAGUGUGGGGAGUGUGGGAAGAGCUUCACAUCAAACUCUACCCUGACCGUCCACCAGAUGAUCCAUACCGGGGAACGGCCCUAUGAGUGUGGGGAGUGUGGGAAGAGCUUCACGUCAAAUUCUACCCUGACCGUCCACCAGAGGAUCCACACUGGGGAACGGCCCUACGAGUGUCAGGAGUGUGGGAAGAGCUUCACAUCAAACUCUAACCUGACCAUCCACCAGAGGAUCCACACAGGGGAGAGGCCCUACGAGUGUGACCAAUGCAGGAAGAGGUUUCUGACCACCUCCCAUCUCCUCAAGCAUCAGCGCAUUCACACGGAUGAGAAGCCCUUCUGCUGCCCUGAGUGUGGGAAGGGCUUCAGGGACAAUUCCCACCUCAUCACCCACCGGCGCAUCCACACCGCGGAGAGACCCUUUGAGUGUGGGGUGUGUGAGAAGAGCUUCAGCCGCAGAUCCCACCUGUUCCAACACUUUGUGAUCCACAGCAGGGAGAAGCCCUAAGUAUGUCCUAAGUGUGGGAAGAGCUUCUCACAGAGCUCAGCCUUGACCCAACACCAACGGAGGCAACACUGAGGGAAGCCCUGCAAGUGCCCCGAGUGCUGGAAGAGCUUUGUGUGCUGCUCCAGCUCCAUCCCCCAUGGGAGGAUCCAUGCUGGAUGUGCCCCAGUGAGCCCUGGUGAUCCGUGUUGAGAAGACACCUGGCUGGGGGGCUCCACAUCCUCCUGAUUCCUUUGUGGCCUGGACUAUUUUCAUUUCUGUUUGUCCUUUCCAAACACCCCAAAAACGGGGUAAAAAUAAAGAUUUUGAACAAAGGCAUGGAUGGGGACAUGGGGGGAUCUUCCAGGGGUGUGGGGGGUGCUGGGUGCCAGGGAGUUGAGGCUUCCUGGCAGGGAUUUGGGGACUGCUCUGGGCUUUGGGCUCCCCAGGUUGAGCGGCUCCUGUUCCCAGUCCCCUUCCUGUAUUCCUGUUUCCGAUCCCACUCCCACUUUCCUAAUCCCCAUCCCAUAUUCCCAUUCCUGAUUCCCUGUCCCUGUUCCCAUUCUCAGUCCCAUUCCUGGUCCCUGUUCCCUCUUGCCGGAUUCUGCGCUUGCCCUGCUGGCUGCAAUUCCCAAAUCAAUUCCUAAUUCAAUUCCCAAUUAAUUUAUCCCUGUACGAUCUUUUCCCAGCACUGCCCAGAGCUGGCAGGAGCUUGGCCACAUUUCCCAAAAUUCUUCCUCCUCCAGUGCCAGGACUGGGAUCCGUGCCUGUUCCCAAUCUCCAAUAGAUCCGUGCCCAUUCCUGGGCUCCCUGCCCAUUCCCAAUCUCCAAUGGAUCUGUUCCUAUUCCUGGGAUCUGUGUCACUGUCCGUGUCAUUAUCACUGUCACUCUCACUAUUUUCACUGUCACUGUCAUUGUCAUUAACACUGAUAGCAUAGGGUUAAAAUGUUUCUAAAAUCAUGGGAAUUGUAUAGAAUAGAUUCAGGGUGCAGAAAGAAAGGUUGGGUCUGGUAGGCCUGGGAAAGGGAACUAGGCCUUGGGAACAAAUGUUGAGCUUUGUUUUUCGUGGAUCGUGUGAAACUGGACCUGCAUAAUCAUCAUAUGAUAAAUGAUAUGAUUGUUAAAUGUAAUGAUUGCUUGGUAAUUGAGUAUAAUUAUUGGUCAGUUGUAAUGAGAAUUAUGAGAAACGAUGUAAUCGUGACAAGAAUCAUGAGAAAGGACGUUUGGGAGACCUGAUAAAAAUGACAAGAAUUCAUGCUUGGGUAAGAUCAAUGUAUACAAUAGAACAAUAGGGGUUUAAUAAUUAAUAUAUAGUUCUAUAACGAGAAGGGUAUAAAAACAUGUUCAUCUCAAACCUAUGUCAGGGUCAGAUUUGGGUCCAUUUAUACCUGAUUCCCAGAGCUCUUCAAUAAAAGCAUCAGCAUAUAAUCAUCCUGUGAUUAUUCGUGUCUACACUAACGAGAUCACUGUCACCAUCACUGUUAUUGUCACUGUCACCUGUUGUAAUGCAUUAAUUGGGUUUAUACUGUGUUUCAUCAGAUUUGUAAUGUUCCCCUUUAAGUGUAUCACAAGGUUUGUCCCUGCUCUGUCUUGCCCAUCCCCUACACUGGAAUGUAACUCAACUCUGUUCCACUCCCACUUUAUCCCUGAUUGCGCAGUGGCUUGUCCCUGCCUCUGGGCCCUGUCCCCUGGGGAAAAAGCCCCGGCACGGGCAGGGCCUCGGGAGAUCUGGCUCUGGCGUGGACAGGAAAGGAGCUAAAACUAGCUCCUGGGCAAAUAAAGCAAUCUUUUCCCUCCCGGAUAAAGAGCAGGCUCUUUCCUUUUGCCAUCGGCGGUCAUCUGGUCUCAUAAAGAAACUCAACAAUUGGCACCUUACGUGCGGCUCGAAGCCACAAGGGGUUCCCAGAAAGCUGGAAGAACUACUCGGAGAGCACGUGGCCAAGGAAUCUCAUGCAGGUACGUGAGUCACGAAACCUAGCCCACCUAUGCAGAGAAACAGACCCGUCAGGCUUGGCGUUCGCUGUGGAGUCUCUGAACCACAGGAUUCUACAGGCCAGGGCUGCAGUUUUCUCCUUUGGACUCAAAAAUCCCAUUGGAGUGCUGCAAAGAAGCCCGCGACCAGCAGGCUGCUCCCAGAGAGAGUGAGCACAUGUUCGUGGAAAACUGAUCCUGGGAUCAGAGACUGGAAGAUCUUUCUGCACCAAAAAGGGUCAGUCUCAGGCAAAAAGAGUGUUUGGGAAAGAAAGGAAAGGAACGCUGGAUUUUUGGUGAGUACCACUUUCGGUUUUCUAAGGGAAAAUCCUUUUAAGAGGCAUUGAUCCUCAGGGAAAAGGGUUUUUUCCUUUCAGGGAAGGUUUUUGCUUUCAGAGUAAACCUUUAGAGUGCUUUAAUAGCACCUUUCUUUCAGCAGUCUGA